AUGCUAAUGCAUGAUAUGCAGGAACCGAAAAGCGAAUGUGACACGCAGUCCUUGACUGACAGUGUAACGGACUAUCCCGUCGAGAAUGGGAGACGGUAUCACAAGUACCAUGAAGGAGCCUAUCCGUACCCAAAUGAUGGUAUAGAACUCGAGCGACUGGAAUCGCAACAUAAAAUGUUCAAACUCGUCAUGAAUAAUAAACUUUACCAUGUACCUCUAGUAAAGCCAGAUCAGAUUCUCGACAUUGGCACUGGCACUGGUAUAUGGCCGAUGGAAAUGGGUAUGGAUCUCCCGCUCCUCGCUGACAAGGUGGUGUGUGUCACAUUCAUGAAAGCUAAUAGCUCAUCACUCCCCGCAGCAAAAUUAUUUCCCAAUGCCAUCAUCACAGGAACAGAUCUUUCCCCUGUUCAACCCAUAGAAGUUCCCGAAAAUGUUCACUUUCUGGUCGACGACGCUACAGAAGAAGACUGGCUCUGGGAAUCAAAUUAUUUCGACUUCGUUCACAUUGGACACAUGACAGGCUCAAUGCCAUCGUUCAAAAAAGUCUUAAGACAAGCAUAUAAACACCUCAAGCCAGGCGCAUAUAUCGAGUGUCACGAGCUCGAUCCCAAACCACAAUGCGACGAUGGUACCAUGCCCCCAGAAAACCCGGAUGGAUUCAGCGCAUACGCGGUUCACGACUGGUUCGACUUAAAUGUGCGUUCUAGCCAAGAGGUCGAGCCAACUCGUCAGUUUCGAAUAGCGAAUCGUAUUCAAAAGUGGAUGAAAGAUGUGGGGUUUGUGGAGGUUGAGCAGCGAAAAUUCAUGCUGCCAGUAAAUCCAUGGCCUGCCGAUGAGUAUCUGUCCAAGCUUGGAGAAUUGAGCCAGAGUAACUUCCUUGAGGCUCUGUCUGGUUGGUCAUAUAAACCAUUUCUUGCUCUUGGGUGGUCCAAAGUGGAAAUUGAAGUGUUUCUUGUUGAUGUGAGGAAGAGUAUCCAAAACAGGAACAUCCACGCUUACAUGGAGUAUUAUGUGGUGACGGGCCGGAAACCCUUCCCUGGCGAAAAGUAA